UGCUCUAAUACGUUUACCAAUAAAAGAGAACACACAUCCCAGCUAUUCAUUAAAAAGGCGUGAUUAUUUACCCAACAUUCCUCUUUAUAAUGCAAACGCACGAGAAUAUCUCAUUGAGAUCGGUAUAGGCAACCCACCUCAAAAUUUUAAUUUAACGCUAGACACAGGAAGCUCAGAUUUAUGGGUUCCAUCUUCUAACUGUCCAAAAUCAAACUGUCCUAAUACCCGUUUUAGUGAAUCCGGCUCCUCCUCGCUAAAACAGACCAAACAGAUUUUUUCUAUUCAGUAUGGCAGUGGUGCUGCCAAUGGUACUUUUGCUUAUGAUACAGUCACCGUUCUAAACAACAUCACAGCACAAAAUCAAUUAUUUGGGUUGGCUACUUCGACUUCCGGAAUGUCACAGGGAUCGGCCAGCGAUAAACCUAGUGGGAUACUGGGACUAGGAUUUCCUGCCUUAAUGAGAAGUUCUAGUAGUAAUUCAAAUGAUCCUCCUUUUAUAUUAAAUUUAUUAGCCAAUAAAGUAAUUAAUCAGCCAGUUUUCUCCAUUUAUCUCAACAAACAAGCAAACUACGGCUAUACCGGGGAAAUUAUAUUAGGAGGGUAUGAUACAGACCGCUUUCACGGCGAUUUAUCCUUUAUACCUCUUGUUAGCUACGAUAGAUCUUCAAAUCCUAUUGUAGGAAAUGCUGCUACUGGAACAGGCGACUAUCGCUAUUGGACAGUACCUGGUCAGGGUGUGCGUGUAUACAACUCCAACAGUACAGUCUACCAAUCAGAGUAUCCUGAUUUACAACCGGCCAUUCUAGAUACUGGUACUACAUUGUCGUAUUUGCCGACUGAUAUGGCCAUUGGAGUGUUAAAGUCAGUUACAUCGGACUAUAAACCGCUACCCCUGAAUGGAGGAUCGAUUCCUGCCUACCAGGUAAACUGCAGUUUGGCAAAAUCAGAUAUAUGGCUCGACUUUCAAUUUUCAACUUCGCUGACUUCCUUUACGGUUAGUCCUGUGUUAAUCAGUGUCCCUUUAAAUGAAUUAAUACUGCCCAUAGAGGGGAAAACAGAACAAUGUAUGUUUGGUAUCGCACCUUCCUCAGACAGUUUUAAGGCAUCGGUAGGCUCUGGGUGGAUUUUGGGCCAGACUGUACUACGAAGUGCAUAUGUUGUUCAUGAUAUGUCGAACUACCAGGUUGCGAUUGGCGCUGCCGCAAAUGGAUAUUAUUCACUGGACCAUCAAGAAAGUAACCGCUCAAACCAACUCCGACCAAGCUACUGCCUACUGCUUUUGGCUAUACACUCUUUCCUCGUUCUACUGUAGUGUACCCCCUUUCACUCCUUAUUUAAAAAUCAAGAUCUC